GGCAAGCCUGGUUUUGCGUUUAAUAGGGGGAGGGGAAGAAACCAAAAAUACAUUUUUGAGCUUUAAUCAAGCAAAAGGAAUCGGAUUAAUACAGAGACUGCAAUCUGUCAAUAUUUAACGCAGCAAAAAUAGAUAACCGUAGGUUCUUGACCAAAUAAAAUCAACGUUGGAAGACGUAAGGAAUCUUUUGACACAGAGGCGCUCUGUCCCGGGCAGUGUCUGAAUGGAGGCGGUGGAGGUCUGCAGGAUGAAGCGACUGACAGCGGUGCUUCUGCUGCCAUUAUUGAUUAGCAGCGCGCUGGCCAAUAAAGCCAAUAAGCACAAGCCAUGGAUUGAGACGGAGUACCAGGGGAUCGUGAUGGAGAAUGACAACACUGUGCUGCUGAACCCGCCCCUGUUCGCCCUGGACAAGGACGCACCCCUGCACUACGCAGGUGAGGUGUGUGGAUUCCGGGUGCACGGUGGAGGGGGCAGUGUCCCCUUCGAGGCCGUAGUGCUGGACAAGUCGACGGGGGAGGGGCUGAUCCGUGCGAAGGAGCCGCUGGACUGCGAGGCUCAGAGGGAGCACAGCUUCACCAUCCAGGCAUAUGACUGUGGAGAGGGGCCAGAUGGGACCAACAGCAAGAAAUCACACAAGGCCACAGUGCACGUGCGAGUGAAUGACGUGAACGAGUUCGCCCCGGUGUUCGUGGAGCGCCUGUACCAGGUGUCGGUGAGCGAGGGCCGGCUGUACGACAGGAUCCUCAGAGUGGAGGCCAUCGAUGCAGACUGCUCCCCGCAGUUCAGCCAGAUCUGCUUCUACGAGAUCCUCACUCCCAACAUGCCCUUCACCAUCGACAACGAUGGUAACAUUAAGAACUCGGAGGUUCUUGAUUUCCGCCGGCAGCGUUUGUAUCGUUUCUCCGUCACGGCGUACGACUGCGGCAAAAAGCGUGCGGCGCAGGACAGCGAGGUGCAGAUCGAGGUGAAACCGACCUGCAAACCAGCUUGGACAGGCUGGUCAAAGCGGAUCGAGUACACCCCCGGCUCUGGCAGUGUCUCCCUGUUUCCCAGCAUGCACCUGGAGACCUGCGAGGAGCCAGUUUGGAACAUCCAGGCCACCAUAGAGCUGCAAACCAACCACAUCGGCAAGGGCUGCGACCGGGACAGCUACUCCGACCGCUCUGUGAGGCGGCUCUGCGGUGCAGUGCGCGGAGAGGUGGACCUGCUCCCGCCCCCUUCCUUCUCCACCAAUUGGACGGCAGGCCUAACCACAGUGCCCUCCCCUGAUUCGUCGCUGGUGUUUGUGUUCAAUGGCUCGCUGCGGCAGGCGUGCGAGGUGCCCCAGUCUGCGCUGCGUGAGCUUGGCGUGUCGGCCGGAGACCACUUCACUCUGCAGCUGUGGAUGAAACACGCCAGCAGCACCCAGCCGGCACAGCAGCAACACGGCCGGGCCAGGAGAGAGGAGGAGAGCAUCAUCUGUAACACCGUCAGGAACGAUGACUCGUUCUCUCACUACUCUCUCUCGGUGCACGGCUGCCGUCUCUCCCUCUUGUAUUGGCCGCUUACCAACGCCAGACCUGUCAAGUUCCUCUGGAAGCUGGAACAGGUGUGUGAUGAUGACUGGCACCACUACGCUGUGAAUCUGGAGUUCCCCACAGUCACGCUCUACGUGGACGGAGUGACCUAUGACCCCGCACUCAUCCAUGACAACGGCCCCCUGCGCCCCCCCGCCCCCCACCCCCGCCUAGUCAUCGGAGCCAGCUGGACAGAAGAAGCUGAGAAGGGAAGCACUAACAGCAGUGAGUCUGAGCAAGACCCCGCGCCCCCUCGGUUCCACUCUCAUUUCCGGGGUCUCUUGGCGGGGUUCACUGUGCGGCCGGGUCGUGUGGAGCCCCACAAUGUCAUCGAGUGUCUGUAUGCCUGCCGAGAGGGGCUGGACUUCGGGGACCUAGAGUCGCUGGGGUCGGGCAUGAAGGUCCAUGUUAACCCUACACAGUCCAUGUUGAUUCUUGAGGGCGAUGACAUUGAGAAUUUCAAUCGGGCGAUUCAGCAGGUCACGUAUCGGAACUCUCUGAGGUUUGCGACCCCUGGGGUCCGUCCACUGAGGAUAUCCACUUCACUCAGGUGUUUCAGUGAGGAGGGCUGUGUCUCAAUUCGUGAUGUUGAGGGAUACCUGGUGGUCCUGCAGCCAGACGCCCCUCAGAUCUUCCUCUCUGGGACGGCUCACUUUGCGCGGCCCGCCUCUGAAUUCGAGACCCCCCAGGGGGUGCCCCUCUUCUCUGAGUUGAGGAUCACCUGCUCCCUGUCCCACUCCAUCAACACAGCCAGCCAGGGCAUGGAGGGCGGAGCUCUCAUGUCUGACGCAGUGGCGCACACGCUCGAUGGCUGUGAGGUGUCUCCGGUGGGGGAGGAGCUAGACCUGCAGAGGGAGGAGCUUAUUCUCGACCCCGAGUCCGUGAGAGAGAAAGGACUGGAGCUGAUCAAUAACACGGCUUACAUCGCAAUAUCAGGUGCGGAGUCGAUCUCAGUGUACGAGGAUCUCUUGCGCUCGCUGCGUUAUCGGAUCUCUGUCGGCGCCGCGCUGUACGAGAGGAAGUUCCGGCUGUCCUGCACAGAGAUGAACGGACGCUACGCCAGCAACGAGUUCUCAGUGGAGGUGAAUUUCCUGCACAGUGUUGACGCUGGUCAGUCGCACCCCAAUCACCUGCUCUCCUCUCAGCAGUUUAUGCCCCCCUCGAGACACAACCUGCCCCCCGAGCUCGCAGGACACAACCUGGCCAACGCACAACGCAAUUCAGUUGUUCCUGGUGCUGCCACAGUCAUCAUCGUGGUGUGUGUGGGCUUCUUGGCGCUCAUGGUUGUUUUGGGAAUAUUCCGGAUUCGCUCUAUUCACCGCCGAGAAACAAAGGAAGGAAGCAGUGGAGAGAAGGAGGGCGAGAUAGACUGGGACGACUCGGCUCUCACCAUCAUAGUCAACCCAAUGGAGUCCUAUGAGUCACGGCACGGAGUCUCUGCUGAGGCCGAGGGUGAGGAAGAGGAGGAGGAGGAGGAGGGGGAGGAGUCUCCGGAAUCACCACCCGGCGACGCCCCCGACAACCAGCGAAUCAUCAUCAAGCGCGACGGCCGAGACCACACCCCCCGGCACUACUGAGAGAGAGGGGCAGCGAGGAGCAGAGGAGGCUGGGAAUUCCACCUUUCACCGCUUCAUAGGCUGGAACAGACGCCUGCUCUACUGUAAAUCUCAACACAAAUUACCACUUCAUCUGUAGAGAUUAGGAAACUGUGUCCAGUGGUGGCCAUCUUGGCUCUCACUCCUCCACAGCCUGGAAUAGGAGUCUGUCUCCAUGACAGAGCCAGAAUGGUGUCAGUUUCAUAGCCUCAUCUGCUUCAUAUGCAGACACACCAAACACAUUGUGCUAUCUAUCACUAGCUUUAUUAUUUAUUUAUUUGUUUGUUUGUUUGUUUGUUUAGUCAAAGUUCGAAAUGCUGCCAGAAUGUUCAUCAAAAUUAAUUUGUAACAUUUCAAGGGAUUUAUGAUUAUUAUUGGGGCCAAUCUCAUGCUGUUUUAAUAUAUAAUGAUUAUUCUGAUGGUUAUUAUUCUGAGCUGCAGGUCUGCCGCUGUGCUUGUAUACUCAAUCUCACUGCAUUUCUUUAUACAUUGACUGAUUGCCCCUAUUGUAAUUAUUAUUAUUAUUAUUAUUAUUAUUAUUAUUAUUAUUAUUAUUAUUAUUAUUAUUAUUAUUAUUAUUAUUAUUAUUUUGUCCAUAGGUGUAAGGUUAACACUACUCUGCUAUUGACAGUGGAAGCCUGCAGGUUCUAAUCAUGGCAAGCCACACACACUGCAAACGGAACACAGUCAAACUGCACAGCUUUAAGGAAUGUUUAACUGUUUAAUAUUUCAGCUUUGUGAUUGUAUAACGUUUGUAAAUAAUGGUGGUGCACUGAAAUGUGUGUCUAUUCCGCGUGUUCAUUGGGGUCACUUUCACUUCGAAACUCCAUUACAAUACUGCAGUCCAGUCACACCUCCCCACUCCCCUGUGUGUGUACACGCCUCCCCACUGCCCUGUGCUGUACACGCCUCCCCACUGCCCUGUGCUGCACAUGCCUCCCUACUCCCGUGUGUGUAUAUGCCUCCCCACUCCCCUGUGCUGUACACGCCUCCCCACUCCCCUGUGUGUGUACACGCCUCCCCACUCCUGUGUGUGUACACGCCUCCCCACUCCCCUGUGUGUGUACACGCCUCCCCACUGCCCUGUAUGUACACACCUCCCCGCUGCCCUUUGUGUACACACCUCCCCACUCCCCUGUGCUGUACACGCCUCCCCACUGCCCUAUGUGUAAACACCUCCCCACUCCCCUGUGCUGUACAUGCCUCCCCACUCCCCUGUGUGUGUACACGCCUCCCCACUCCUGUGUGUGUACACGCCUCCCCACUCUCCUGUGCUGUACAUGCCUCCCCACUCCCCUGUGUGUGUACACGCCUCCCCACUCUCCUGUGCUGUACACGCCUCCCCACUCCCCUGUGCUGUACACGCCUCCCCACUCUCCUGUGCUGUACACGCCUCCGCACUCCCCUGUGCUGUACACUCCUCCCCACUCUCCUGUGCUGCACACGCCUCCCCACUCCCCUGUGCUGUACACGCCUCCCCACUCCCCUGUGUGUGUACACGCCUCCCCACUCCCCUGUGUGUGUACACGCCUCCCCACUCCCCUGUGUGUGUACACGCCUCCCCACUCCCCUGUGUGUGUACACGCCUCCCCACUCCCCUGUGUGUGUACACGCCUACCCACUCCCCUGUGUGUGUACACGCCUACCCACCUCCCCUGUGUGUGUCCUGUAUCCUCUCCUGCUGUUUGUGCUCAGAUCACUGCACUAAUGUCCUCUCUAACCUGGUUAGGAAGCCGUUUCAUUUUUGUAGAGAGAUGUUCACUGACUAACAGCCACCACAGUUGCAGAGGGGGCAGACAUUCCAACUGCACACAACCAAACCCCCCCCCCCCCCGAGUGGUCAUUGUGAAAACUGCUCCCUUCAAAAAUUAAUUCAGCUUUCAAAGUCUUUUCAGAAGCAGACCCCAGUGGUUGGAAAGAUCAUCCGUUUAGUGUGUCUGGUCAAUAAUGAUAUGAGCAGGAACAGCAAUAGAGAAUGCGAGAGACACACAGACAGGAUAUUAAACAGGGGAGAGCUGCAGUAUUGGAGAGUGAAGAUGCUUCUCAGUGGUUUCGACACAGGACUGACCCUACUGGAGUUGAGGAGAAAAUGACUGUGACUUCAGCGGAAUUGUGUGUGAUCAGUGUUCCCUCUCUACCCCAGUCCCUCUCGCUUUCUUUUUUUCUCCUCUCCCCCUCUUUCUGUCUCUUCUUGUCUUGUGAUCUUUUUGAAGACUCUGUAUUUGACCUGUGUCUGUUGUUACAAAUUUAAAAUGAAAUAUAAUUUAAAAAAUAAUAAUUAUUAUAAUGAAUAUGAAUUCUCAUUAAAGAUAUUAUUGAACCGA